UUGCUUAUCCAAAUGUUUUCUCUCACUUCUCUUCCCAGCUUACCGGAGAUCAAGAUGAGUCUACGGAAGCAAACCCCUAGUGACUUCCUAAAACAAAUCAUUGGAAGGCCAGUUGUUGUAAAAUUAAAUUCUGGAGUUGAUUAUCGAG